UGAAAUAUGGAAAUCCUGACAUUCAAGUCAAGUCCUUGUGUCAGUGCGGAGACUGGGUUCUGUUGUGUUGCCCUAUGAUGUGUUACUGACUGGGGGCUGUUAAUUCUCAACCUCCCUGGAGAUGUGACAUGGGUCAGAGAGAGAGAGAGAGAGAGAGAGAGGCAGACCAAGCUGACUGACUGGUGUGGUGGAUACCCUGCUUGACCCCCACAUAGUCCUGAUUGUGGAGAGCUCUGACCAGGGGGGAAGACUUUUAACGUGACACGCCGGACCAUGGACAGGAAGAGGAAAUGGGUGCUGAGCAGCGGUGCUUUGCUGGUGAUAUUCCUUGGUCGCAUGACCACAGCCUUAGAAGUGCCUCUUGACCCUGAGGUUCUGGAAGGAUUACCACAGCCUCCCACUAUAACCCAACAAUCCCCUAAGGAUUUCAUCAUCGACCCUCGGGAGAACAUCCUCAUCUACUGUGAGGCCAAAGGGAAGCCGCAUCCCAGCUUUUCCUGGACACGGAAUGGGACGCAUUUUGACGUGGAGAAGGACUCGAAGGUGUUGAUGAAGCCGAGCUCAGGGACGCUGGUCAUAGACAUCAGUGGGGAGAAGGCUGAGGCCUACGAGGGGAUCUACCAGUGUACCGCACGCAAUGAGCACGGGACCGCUGUUUCCAACAACAUCUUCAUCAGACAGUCGAGGUCCCCCUUGUGGUCGAAGGAGAGGAAAGAGGCAAUCAUGGUACAGGUGGGAGUGUCUCUGGUGCUGCAGUGUCGACCGCCUGCAGGCCUGCCCCCUCCCAUCAUCUUCUGGAUGGACAACAACUUCCAGCGCCUGCCUCAGAACACGCGUGUGUCCCAGGCGUUAAACGGAGACCUGUACUUCUCUAACGUCCUAUUGGACGACACCAGGAACGACUACAUCUGUUACGCCCGUUUCCCUCACACACAGACCAUCCAGCAGAAACAACCCAUCACUGUCAAAGUCCUGGACAACAGUCCAUCGGGAGAGCGGCGACCCAGCUUCAUGGCUCCUCUGGGGCGGAGCAGCACCCAGAUGGCCCUGAGGGGAGGGGUUCUGGAGCUAGAGUGUAUCGCUGAAGGACUUCCGACUCCGGAGGUGUCCUGGUAUAAGGAGAGUGGCGAUCUUCCUAGCAGCCGGAUGUCCUUCCACAACUUCCAGAAGACGUUGAAGAUCGCAGAUGUGAUGGAGGCGGACGCCGGGGACUACCGCUGCACGGCCAAGAACAGCCUAGGCUCCGCCCAUCACACCAUCAAAGUCAACGUCAAAGCGGCUCCGUUCUGGAUCAGUGCCCCCAGGAACCUGAUCCUGGCCCCGAAGGAGACGGGCAUCCUCACCUGCAGAGUCAGUGGAGACCCCAAGCCCCAAAUCGCCUGGUCCGUCAACGGAGUCCCCAUCAAAGACUCUCCGAAGGACACGAGUCGGAAGGUGGAGGACGACACAGUGAUUCUGAGCGACGUCCAGACCGGCUCCAGCGCUGUCUACCAGUGCAACGCCUCCAAUGAGUUUGGCUACCUGCUGGCUAAUGCUUUUGUCAAUGUGCUCGCCGAAGCACCAAGGGUGCUGACUCCCCCCAACAAUGUGUACCAGGUCAUCACCAACAAUCCUGCCUUCCUGGACUGUGCCUCGUUCGGCUCGCCCAUACCAACCAUCACAUGGUUUAAGGACAGCCAGACCAGUAUCCUGAAUAGAGACCCAUAUGUGAUCCAUAAUAACGGUACCUUAGAGAUCAACGUAGCCCAGUCCCUGAACAGUGGCAAGUACACCUGUAUAGCCUCCAACAACCUGGGAACCAGGGAGAACCAUGUCUACUUGGAGGUCAAAGAGCCGACGAGGAUCCUGGCCCAGCCAGAGUAUAUGGUGGUCCAGAGGAACAGGAAGGCAGUGUUUGAGUGUAAAGUUAAACACGACCCCACCCUCAUCCCCACCAUGAACUGGCUCAAAGACAACGGAGAGCUGCCUGAUGACGAGAGGUUCUUGGUGGACACUGACAGUCUGACCAUCAACGAAGUGACAGAGGAGGACGAGGGAACCUACACCUGUAUCAUGAACACCACCCUGGACCAGGACUCAGCUAGCGCCAUGCUGACCGUCGUUGAGGCUACUCCAACUCCUGCUAUUGUCUACGAGGAACCAGACCCUCCUACAGACCUGGAGCUGACUGACCAGAGAGAGAGGAGCGUCCAGCUCACCUGGAUACCUGGAGACGAACACAACAGCCCUACACAGAAGUUCCUAGUUCAGUAUGAAGACCUGCUCCACCAGGCUGGGGUGUGGCACAACCUGACAGAGGAGGAGGGCACCAAGACCACGGCCCACCUGGACCUGUCCCCCUACGCCUACUACUCCUUCAGGGUUCUGGCUGUGAACCAUGUGGGCUACAGCCAGCCCAGCCAGCCCUCCAGGCAGUACAGGACCAACCCUGCAGCUCCAGAUGUGAAUCCAACAGAUGUCCAUGGUGUUGGAACUGAACAUAAUAACUUAGUCAUCUCAUGGAAGGAGCUGACAGGCCUCCAGUCCAAUGGACCAGGACUACAGUACAAGGUGAACUGGAGACAGAAGGAUGUGGAGGAGGACUGGUUGUCUGAGACCGUGGCUAACACCUCCAAGUAUGUGGUGUCAGGCACGCCCACUUUCGUACCCUACGAGGUCAAAGUUCAGGCGGUGAACGACUACGGAAACGGACCAGCACCUGAGGCGGUGGUGGGGUAUUCUGGAGAGGACGUGCCCAUGUCAGCCCCAGAGAGUGUCCAGGUGCUGGUUCAGAACGGGACGCUAGCAGAGGUUCACUGGGAGCCUGUCCUCACCUCCAUGGUCAGGGGACGACUCCAGGGCUACAAGGUGUCCUACUGGCGUGAGCGUAGCCUCCACCAGGCAGAGGCUCAGCAGGAGGAACAGCAGGUGUUGCUCUUCAGUGGAAACAGGACUGACGGCAGACUACCGGGCCUCAAACCCUACAGCCUCUAUACACUGAACAUCAGGGUGGUCAACGGCAAGGGAGAGGGGCCCCCCAGCCCCAACCACAACUUUGAGACCCCAGAGGGAGUCCCUGGUCCUCCUUCCUUCUUGCGUAUAAAGAACACCGACAUGGACUCUCUGACGCUGGAGUGGGGUCCUCCACAGGACAACAAUGGUCGCCUCACCGGCUACACACUCAAAUACCAGCCAGGUAACUCCAAUGAGCUUGGUCCCGUUGAGGAGAUGAUGUUCCCAGCCAAUGAGACCACCGUAAUCCUGGCCGACCUCAAGCACAGCACCCGCUAUAAGUUCUACUUCAACGCUAAGACCAUCAAGGGCUCCGGCCCAACCAUCACAGAGGAGGCUGUCACUAUCAUGGAUGAAGCCUUUAUUCAGCAACCCAUAGUAGAUGUGUUCAAAGGCUACACAGAACCCCAUCUUCCAAUCUCUCCCAUCACUCAGUCUCUGCGCCCCCCGUUUCACAAGGUGCGUCCGAUAGGCCCGGCGUUCACCAAUGUAAACUGCUCUGUGGUGGGAGACGAGGGAGCAGUGAUAAAUUGGGAAUACUUUGGACCAGAUAAGAAUGUGUAUGUGGAGUAUAUUGAAGAAAACAGUAAAGAAGACUGGACAAAAGAGUGUGUAAACGGCAGUAGCGGGUCUCAGACCCAUCUGAUAAAGGGCUUAAAGCCGGGGACGUCCUAUAGGGUUCGGCUGGCAGUGAAAGAUCACUCUGAGGCUACCAUACACAGUACAGAGGAGCUAGUGAUAACGCUGCCAGCAAUGAAAAGCGACCAGGUAGACCUAGCCACUCAGGGUUGGUUCAUAGGGCUGAUGUGUGCCAUCGCUCUCCUCAUCCUCGUCCUUCUCAUCAUCUGCUUCAUCAAGAGGAACAAGGGAGGGAAAUACCCAGUGAAAGAAAAAGAGGAUGCUCAUCAAGACCCAGAGAUCCAGCCUAUGAAGGAUGAUGAUGGGACGUUUGGAGAGUACAGUGACACGGAGGACCACAAGCCUCUGAAGGGCAGCCGGACGCCGUCCAACGGAACGGUGAAGAGGGACGACAGUGAUGACAGCCUGGUGGACUACGGCGAGGGAGGGGAUGGGCAGUUCAACGAGGAUGGAUCCUUCAUCGGCCAGUACAGCGGCAAGAAGGAGAAAGACACGCAUGAGGGCAACGAGAGCUCCGAGGCGCCCUCGCCGGUCAACGCUAUGAACUCCUUCGUCUAGGUAGAGAGACAGUCACCGCUAGCCGAUGGCGAUGCCAUGACGACUGGCUGCCAUGGAAACCGUCACUGUGGUGACCUGACCUGUCACCAUGGAGACCUGCCACCAUAAGGACAUGUCACCAUGGAGACUGUGGCCACCCAUCACCAUGGCUACUUCUGUCACACCCUGUCAUCUCUCCACAGCCUGCUCCUCCUGCCCGCCAACUCCCCCCCCCCCCCCCAUCACACUGUGACUACUCUCACCACCCUCACUAUCACACGAUGGGAGAAACAACUAACCAACCAGAACAGACAUGAGAAGAAGAACCUUAGAACCAUUUGAAAAAGUAGAAGGAGGGAUGUAGGAGCCCAGAAACAGACAGAGAGAGAUGGAGGAUGGAGGAGAAGGCAACACUGACAAGCAGGAAGUGGAGGAAUGUAUUCCAGGAGCAGACUGGGUUGGUUCUCAUCACCCAGACUGCUCCACAAAGUGCUGGAGAGGGCAUGUGUGUGUUAGGGCCAUUUUAGCUUUUGCAAACGUAUAUAUGAUGACAUAUAUAGAUCGUUGUCUUUUUGCAAACAAUGAUAUCCAUUAGAAUAUAUAUUUUCUCCACAUCACCCAACAUGGCAGUCAACAGUAUACAGUUUUCCAUUCUAUACAUCCAUCUGCUUCUGAUUAAUAUACUGCAUGGAAUGAAUGAUAUUCUAAACCAUUACACACGGAAUCAUACUGGUGUCUAGUGUGGGAGCAGAGAUUCACGUUGACUGACUGUACGCGAUGACGGAGCACCUUCAACUACUGGUUAUGCCUUUCAUCAUCUUACCUUUCUACUGUCAGAAGUGUUAUAUUGGUAUUAUAAUUACGGGGGAAAACUAUGGCGUCAUCAAUGUCUUUGUGGACAUUGCUGUGAAAAGUGUGACUCAGUUGAAAUGCUUUUGUGACAUGUUAUUUUUGUAAGACAGGAGGUGUUUGUAUGUAUACUGUAAUAGCAGAGCACAUCUAUGGACUGGAUGGUCAGGGAUAAACAUAGUUUGUAGCCCUGAAGAGAAAACGAGUGAUAAUUAAUACAGAAUAACACCGACACUCCACACCUCCAACGAUCCUACACUCCACACCUCUCUCCAACGAUCCUACACUCCACACCUCUCUCCAACGAUCCUACACUCCACACCUCUCUCCAACGAUCCUACACUCCACACAGACAUUGCUGUUUGUCUUUCUUUGGUUUUUCAAGGGUUGUUGUUGAGUUGUCUUCCGUUCCACCAGACACAUGGUCUUGUUGCAGUGGCUCUGCUAUCUAACAUGGAGAUUGGAACAGACCCAUUGAUCAUUCAGCCUCACCACACACUCAGCUGAGACUGCAUACAGCCUCACCACACACUCAGCUGAGACUGCAUACAGCCUCACCACACACUCAGCUGAGACUGCAUACAGCCUCACCACACACUCAGCUGAGACUGCAUACAGCCUCACCACACACUCAGCUGAGACCUCAUACAGCCUCACCACACACUCAGCUGAGACUGCAUACAGCCUCACCACACACUCAGCUGAGACGGCAUACAGCCUCACCACACACUCAGCUGAGACCUCAUACAGCCUCACCACACACUCAGCUGAGACUGCAUACAGCCUCACCACACACUCAGCUGAGACCGCAUACAGCCUCACCACACACUCAGCUGAGACUGCAUACAGCCUCACCACACACUCAGCUGAGACUGCAUACAGCCUCACCACACACUCAGCUGAGACUGCAUACAGCCUCACCACACACUCAGCUGAGACUGCAUACAGCCUCACCACACACUCAGCUGAGACUGCAUACAGCCUCACCACACACUCAGCUGAGACUGCAUACAGCCUCUCUGAUCAUGGAACAAUCAUUGAUCAACAUGUUGGCCUAACCUAUAAAAUGGCCACCAUCCAGCAUAGUUCAACAGCAUUGCAUCUCCACGCUCCUACCUUGUGUGGAGAGAGAGAACAAGAGAGAGAGAACAAGAGAGAGAGAGAGAGAGA